AAGUAUAAUCCUACCAAAUAAAAUCGGUUUAUGGGCAAAUGACAUUGUAUAAAAAGAUAUAAAUUUUUAAAUUAUUGACUUAAUAGUCGUAUGAAAAGUUGCAAUAAGAAUAUUGGGGUACAAAAUUAAAAUAAACCCAACAGAAUGAGGCGUUCAGGUAAACAUAGAAUAAAAGAGGAGCGUCCUGAGACUUCUGCAUCUAUUUCCAAUGUACAAGAUCGUGAUUUGACGUAUUUCAUUCACGACAGAGUGGAGUUAAUGCAUCAAGUGUUUUCCGUGCUUAAACCUAAGGAAAUAAAAGCUAUGGUGCCGCAUUGUGUUCAGCACAUAUCUUUAAACGAUUUACAAGAGCUUUGCACGGAGGAGGUUCUAGGCAUCAGUUCGAAGCGUCUUUGUUCUAUAUUAGACGGGGCAGAGCCUCCGAGCGAUACAGAAACGUCCAGCGACUCAUCUUCAGGUAGAGUUGAGACAAUAUCGCUUGACAGCAUAUCCUCUGAUGAAGAAAUAUUGAGUCAAAGUAGCGGGAAAAAGAAAAAGCAUAAACAUUGUCGCCACAAAUCCAAGUCGAGAGAUAAACGUAAAUCAUCAUCAGAGGAAUCUGAUAAUGCAGAGAAGAGCACGGCAUCACGCGCAGGGCUGACAGUACUGGAGUUGUUGGAAUUGCAAGCACGAGCCAGAGCGAUACGAGCACAACUACAGCAAGAGCAAAUAAGAGAUGUGAUAGAGAACAAAGCACCGGAGACGCAGCAUGUGUCUGAUGAUGAUGUGGAAAUCAAGGAGGAGCCCACCGAGAUUGUGGAAAUCAGCAGCGAUGAGGAGAAGCCCAAGAUCGAAGAGUUACAAAAAGAAAUAACAAAGCCAACUAUAACCGCGCCAAUAAUCAACGAACCAAUCAAAGAAUCGCACAAAAUUACAAAAAAGAUAAACGAUCUAAUAAUAACAGUACCACAAACGAAACAUACGAGAAAAAUAAAACUCAACCGUACACCGGCUGCUAGUACAACAAAUCCAAUACAAAUAAAUAAUACAACUAAAGAAAAACCACAAGAAUCGAUCAGAAUAGAUAGGACUAUAGAAAACACUCAAAAGGUAACCAAAGAGAAACAAAAGAGAAAGAUAAAAAAGAAAGGAAAGGAUAAAAAGAAAGAAGGCAGCGAUCACGACGAAAUAACCUUACAACUAUCAGAUUCAGAGAAAAUGGAUUUAUUAGAGAAUUUGGAUAGAAAGAACUACGAUAGCGUUUCAAGUUCUAGCACAGAAGAUUCUGAAAGCAGUUCCGAUAGCGAAGAAGAAAAGGAACAUUCCCUAACUGGAAAAACACAAAUCACAGAAGGUGACGACAAAACCUCUGAAUCGGUAAUCAUUGAAGAAACUGAUGUAUGUGAAGUGAAAGAUGCUAACAAUGAAAUUAUUGAACCAAUUACUGAAGUAAUUGAUAUAAAUGAAGGAAAUAAUUCGGAGGGUACAUCACAAAAUCAGAUUGACAAAAAACAUACCAAUACUAAAAGUACAGAAAUUACAAAGGAUACGCAAAACGAAGUCAUAUCUUUAGACGAGGGUAAAAACAAUGAAGUUAACAAACUUGAAAUACUUGAUAAUACUAUAAAAGAAAUUGAGGAUAAUAUUAUAAAAUCUACGAAAGAAACGGAAAAAUCUGACGGUGAAUUAUCAGAUCGUGAAAGUUCGGAAAUUGAAACGUCUGAAGUUAGACCUGAAGUAGUUUGCAUUUCCGACGACGAUUUAAAUAAGAAAAACCACAAAAAGAAAAAGAACAAAAAGAAAGAUAAGAAAUCCAAGAAAGAAAAGAAAACUAAAAAUCAGGAUUUUCGUAAUGGCGCCGAUCAAAAUUUCUAUACAGAAGUCGAAUCAAUUAAAACAGAUGAUUUGAUUGGUGUUCCAGAUAUUCCAGAAACCAGCGUACAAGAAAAUUGUAUAGACGUAAAUGAAAUUCUAGAACUUUCCGAUGAAUCUUCUUGUAACGGUGAAGAUGGUACUACAGUAUUAUCUAAAGAGCCAACGGCUGAAGAAAUUGAAGCACUUUCAGCUAAAAUAGACGAAAUAGAUAGAGAAAAUAUCAUCACUGAUGAGGAAAUAAUAGAACACGAACGAAUACAAGCUUCUAAAGAAGUCGCAGAAGCAGAAGAAAUAUCUUGGAAAGAUCGAUAUUUGGAUAGCAAGAAAGUAAAAGAUGUUUUAACUACAGCAAAUAUUCUAAACGCUAUAAGAAAGAAGAAUAAGGACUUAAAAAGACAGUUAGAAGAAUCUAAAAUGGAGAAUAAGAAGGAAGUCGAAGUUCCAGAAAAGAUAGAAACGGAGAAUCUAGAAGAAGGUUCAAUAGAACAAUACAAUACACUAGAAGGUUCCACAAAAUACGUAGAUCCGGUUAAGGAAAAUGAAGAUCUGACGAAUGAUAGCAAAGUGACAAAGGAAAUGAAGAAAGAUGCAAAACAGUUACUUAAAAUGUAUAAAAAACUGUUCAAAUACAACGACAUGACGCGAGAGAAAGAUCCUAAUAAAAAGAAAAAGAAAAAAAAGAAGACCAAAGCGGAGAAAGACAAAACGGAAGCUAAUACUGAAGCGAAAAUUAGUUCUUAAGGUUUAUUAAAUAGUUGAAAUAUUA